AUGGACAAGAAGAUAUUAUUUUUGUUUUUCUUCUGUAUUACUCUGCACUUAGCAACAAUCGUAUCUGCUCAACUUCAAGUUGGUUUCUACAAUACUAAAGCUAGAUGUCCAGCAGCAGAAACCAUAGUUCGAGAUACGGUGCGAAGCCGGUUUUCUUCGGAUCGUACCAUUACAGCAGCAUUGCUACGAAUGUAUUUUCAUGACUGCUUCGUGAGGGGUUGUGAUGCAUCGUUGUUGAUAGACUCCAAAAACACGAAGAAUAAAAAGUCAGAAAAAGAUGCAGGAGCAAAUGGAUCUGUAAGAGGAUACGAGUUGAUUGAUCAAAUAAAGAGUAAAUUAGAAGCUACAUGUCCUAAUACAGUGUCCUGUGCGGACAUCAUUGCAUUAGCUACUCGAGAUGCAGUUGCAUUAGCUGGAGGACUGGGUUAUAGUAUACCCACUGGCAGGCGCGAUGGGCUAGUAUCAGACCCAUCACAAGUGAACCUGCCAGGCCCUAGUAUAACAGUGCCACAAGCAAUUCAAACUUUUCAAAGCAAAGGAUUUAAUGUGAAUGAAAUGGUGUCGCUUUUAGGUGGCCACACAGUGGGAAUUACACAUUGUAGUUUUAUUCAAGGGGAUAGGCUAUCGACGGCGGAUGGAAGCAUGGAUACCAAAUUGUUUAGUAGUCUUAAAAAGACGUGUAGUGCUAAUGGUGGCUCGCCUGUGUUCUUGGAUCAAAACACUUCAUUUGUUGUUGAUAACUCUUUUUACAAACAACUGAGAUUGAAGAAAGGAAUAUUGAAGAUUGAUCAGUUACUUGAAUCAGAUAGAUCAACUGCUGGGAUUGUGACGAAUUUUGCUUCUAAUCCAAAAGCCUUCCAACAGGCUUUCGCGAAUGCAUUGAUCAAGUUAGGUAACACUCAAGUUCUUGUGGGGAAAUCAGGUGAAAUUAGAAAAAAUUGUAGAGCAUUUAAUCCUCCUCCAUCUCCUCCUCCCAAAAUCACAAAGAGUCCUCCUCCUCCUCCUCCCAAAAUCAUUAAGAGCCCUCCUCCUCCACCUCCCAAGAUCACGAAGAGUCCUCCUCCUCCACCUCCCAAAGUUUUCAGUCCUCCUCCUCCCAAGACCGCGAAGAGUCCUCCUCCUCCACCCCCCAAAGUUUUCAGUCCUCCUCCUCCCAUGAUCACGAAGAGUCCUCCUCCUCCUCCUCCCAAGAUCUUAACAAGUCCUCCUCCUCCACCACCCAAAAUUUUCAGUCCUCCUCCUCCACCACCAUCACCAUCCAUGGUUUCAGUUUCUCCUCCUCCUCCUCCUCCAGUUCCCAGUAGUAAGCCAUUCCUACCUGUGUUUGGCCCACAAGCUUAA